UGCAUAUAAUUUGCCCCGAGAUUACGUAAUUCCACUCUAUCAGAAGAGACACAUUUUUUUUGAUCCUUUAUUUGAAUACAACACACAAAUAAUGUUGGUCUGUGCGCCCCGUGUGUUCGGAGACAUCUGCCAUCACGCCUGACCUGUCCAAAUGUGCUCUGGCCCCCAGAAAGGGAUCAAAAAGGCCAUCACCGAGGCUCAGAAGAAGGACAGGAAAAAACGCAAGCGCGGCCGCAGGGAGAGCUAUUCCAUCUAUGUCUACAAGGUGCUGAAGCAGGUGCACCCCGACACAGGCAUGUCUUCCAAGGCCAUGGGCAUCAUGAACUCCUUCGUCAAUGACAUCUUCGAGCGCAUCGCCAUCGAGGCUUCGCGCCUGGCGCACUACAGCAAGCGCUUGACCAUCCUGUCGGAGAGGUGCCCACGGCCGUGCGCCUGCUGCUGCCCGAGGCACCGAGGCUGUCACCAAGUACACCAGCUCCAAGGGAUCGCGCCUCAGGCGCCCGAGGGGAGGCUCACAUUGCAGUGGGAGUGA